AUGUCAGCAAAACUAACAACUAAUUCAACUUCUUUUGUUAUGCCGACUAUAGACAAUUGCGUAUUAGAUUAUACAGAAAUAGAUCAAGGUCUUAAUUUAUGGUCAGAAAUAUUUCCAUUAAUUGAAAAACAAAUUGUCACACUUACAAGCGUUGCUCAAGAAAUGCAAGAAUGUUCUGAACGUCAAAAAUAUGUUGAUGCACUUAUGAAAAUUGCUGUACGAGUUAAUGAUGUUGAGGAAAAAGCAACUACAUGUAUCAAAGAAGGUCGAACACAAUUAAAAAAGACAAAAUUUAUUGAUAAAACGAAUGAUACUCAAGAAAAAGUUCGUAAUCAUCGAAGCAAUGAAAAUUCUGAUGACGAUGACGAAAGUAAUAAUGAAAUGGAAAUUGAUGAAUCACAAAUAGAUGAACAAAUUGAAAUUUCAGCAUUAAAUAUUGAAAAUUUAGAAAAAUUACAAAAUCAAUUAAAUAAAAUUCUAAUUAAACAACCUAAUUCAAAUGAAUCUAACAUUGAUGCUGAUAAUCGUUAUGCUGAUUUUGUUGAAUGUAUUUCCAAAAUGCAAAAUAAUGAUGAUGAUGAUGAUGAUAAUGAUGCAAAUAUUGUUGAUCAAGUUGUUUCCAAUAAAUGUCCAUUAACACAAAAACCAUUUGUUGAACCAGUACAAAAUAAAAAAUGUAAACAUAAAUAUGAAAAAAAGACUGUACUUAAAUAUAUUGCUGAUAAAAAUAAAGCAAAACGUCCAGCAACAUGUCCAUCAGCUGGUUGUAAUAAUAUUCUUAAUGAAAAAGAUCUUAUUAAUGCUUAG